CCGGCGUCGAUGGCUGUGCGACCCUAGAGCGGGUCUGCAGACAUACGUGUUCCACGAUGGCAGGACCUGAUAGGGAGAUAACAGCGAACAAAAGGAUGCCCUGAAAAUAAGAAAAUGUGAGGCUGUUUUGAAGUUUGCCCUUUCGGUCGCAUCACAGGUCAUCGUACGCUGAUUGGAGGGAACUGUCGCAACACCCGUGGGCUUUCAUCCCUGUGACUCGGGCUGGCGAUGAGGACUUCCUGGUUGGAGAGGCACUUGGUCAUUUCCCGAAAUGGUGGUGGUGGUCGUUGGGCAGUUACAGUCAGGAGUGCACUUGGAGAUGUGGUUUGGUCUUGAGAUGGCUGCGACUACCAUGUAUCAGGAGUUUUUUCAACGAGAGGCAAACACUCCCUUGCCAAAUAGACUACUCGAUCAUAUCUUGCUGAAUUUUCUUCCGGCCGCGAUGGAGGGAGAGGGCGGUUGUCGUUGCUCCAUGGACACAUUGCAGACUAUGACGGAGAUUCGCAGCGUUCACAGGGUCGUGGAGAUGGGGACGAUCCUCGAUCUGGUUCAAAGGGUCUAUAACCAGGGUGAUGUGAUGCUCAAGUGCAAGAAUUGUCGACAAAGCCCCCAAACCGCAUUCCCCACUCUUCCAGCACUGGCCGAACAGUGUCUCUCCCUUUUUGAAGCGGUCUGUCUCGCGUACGGUAUCACUCGCAAAAACGCGCUAUUCGACCCGAACGUUCUGACCUUUGACCAGCCAUUGCCGCAAUUUAUCUGCCUGCGGAGCAAGGUGCAGCUGGGUCAGAUGGAGCUAGACGAAGGCGAGGCCGGAAUGUUGAUCCGCACGUUACUGGGCCGCAAUUCGGUGAAGCUUCUGGAAAUCCUGCAAGCACUGCAAGAUAUUCUCCGAUCACUCUCGAAAGAUUCCGGGCAGCCUCAACGGGCGGGAGCGGCGGGUCUUCGUGCGUGCGAGGCUUCCGUCGAGUCUACCAUCCACCGGUUCGCCAUCUUUAUGGAGCAGAUUGACGUUGAGACGAUAACUUGAGCACGUACCGAGAUUUCGAUCGCCUAGUAUACUCUGGUCUAGAUAGGGGUUAUAAGAAGGACGGUGGUUUCAAAUUGAAUAGAGAUCCGUUGUCAUCACGCAAGGGUGUAAAGAAUACAAUAGAAGGAAGUGA